AUUCAAUUCAAUUUGUUUUUUUUACUUCCCACACCAUUUAUAUUGAAAGAGUUGUUGAAUCGGCAGUUGAAAAUAAAAUAAACAAUAAAGAUCGCGUCACAUUUCAUAUUUUCAUUCUUGUCUCAAUUUUUUAAAUCUAAACAAAUGAGCUUUGGCAACACCAGCGGUGCGCAGGGAGGAGGCAGCGGUGGCGGCGGCGGCGGCUUUGGCGGCUUUGGUGCUACUUUUGCGGUGCUUGGCGGCAGCCCCAAGCCCGCCAGCGCGCCACUUUUUGGCGCACCCGCCACCACGGCCUCAGGCAAUCUUUUUGGCUCGUCGAACACAAUGGCCGCAACUGCAGCUAGCAAGGCAGAGCCCGUGAAGGCCUCCCCCGCGGUUUCUUCGACUACGUCUUUGUUUGGAGCUGCAUCCACGACAUUGCCGUCGCUUGGUACUGGUGGCGGUAGUUUGUUUGGCGCCAAGCCAUUGGCUUCGACAGCUGCACCGGCAUCCGCGUCUGUCACUGCCUCUGCCGCCCCGGCUGCGUCUUCCGCUGGAUUCAUGUUUGGCAAUACCACGGCUGCAGCUAAACCGGAUGCCGCGGCGCCCGCGACCACCACUGCAGCAUCAAACCCCACUGCCUGCACGGGCCUGGGCGGAUCCAAACUCCCGAGCACCUCAGUUGCCAGCGGCAGCCAGGCUGUGGACGACAAGGAAAAGGCAGACAGCGCCGCGGCAAUCGAUCCCACCAAGAUUGAGAACUCGACACAUCUGGUUAACACAGCUCUGCAAAACAAGACCGUUGAGGAGAUUGCGCGGAUGUGGACACAGGAGCUCACCGAGCAGACGCGUAAAUUCCACACUCAGGCCAACACUGUAAGCUACUGGGACCGUGCACUUGUUCAGCAGGGCAAGCGGAUUACAGAGCUUUACGAGGCCACAAUGUCUGUCGAGUCCGAGCAAGCGGCACUGGACCAAAGCCUGGAGCACAUGGAGAGCCAGCAAAAGGCAUUAGAGGAUCUGCUCAACAGCUACGAGGGCCGUGUGCAGGAUAUUGUCACUUCGGGUACCAAGGGCAUGAUGAGUGCUGACGAGGAGCGCGAUCAUCGCCUCAAUAUGCAGCUGGACGAGAUUGCCCGUCGCUUGACUACCCUUGUGGAGGAUGUCAAUGGAAUUUCGAACGCUAAUACGGAGGCUGAGGGACAGCGUGGCGAUCCGUUUGCGCAGAUCGUGCAGAUACUUAAUGCGCAUUUGACCUCGCUCGAGUGGACGGAGGCCCUGCAGGAACGGGUCAAGACGGCUCAGAAGGUUUACCAGGAGGUCAAUUCGGCGCAGACGUCGAUUUCCUCUGGUGCUGGUGCUGCCGAGGAUGCUGGCUUUAGGGAUGAGGUGUUGACUAUUCCCGGCGCCUUUGUUAGUGAGCAGGCUCCUCCUAUUAAUUCGUCGUUUGGCACGCCUAUGAGCAAUGUGCGCAGGGGGUUGGGCUCUAGCUUUUUGGGCGGUCGCACAGGCCCUGCGCCAGCGUCGCCAUUUUCUAAUACCCCGACCGCGCGCCGUGGAUUCUAAGGUCAUGGACUUUUAUUCUCUUUUAUUAACUACCUGAAUAUCAUUAUUUUUAAAUUAAAUGAUAAAUAUCUUUUUGAGAGG